AUGGAUGAUGUCAAUUACUCCGGCCAGGAGGAUGCGCGCGCCCAUCGCGAUGGAACACCCCCAAGCCCGAACCCGAAGCGACCCCGCGUCAAUGAUGCCGAAGUCGAUGCCGACACAACACCAAGGGGACCUCGCACACUGCCCGGAAGGACAAGAAUCACACAAUACGCCACAGGGGCAUUGAAUUCAGACGCAGGCAGUAUCUCAGCCUCCUCUCCCUCCGCCAACAGCGACACCGCUUUAUUGUACCGAUCAUCUUCAGCCAAGGGCAGCAGCAGCAAGAAGAGACCACGGCAAUCGAGCCCGCGGAAGCAGACGAUGCUGAUGGUGAUGGAAGAUGCUGUUGAGAUCAUGAGUUUUGGAGGUCUUGCCGAUCCUCCAGAGAAGCUCGACGACCUGGCCACUCGCAUCGAUGAGCUGGCCAAGGGCAAAGGCAUUCUGUCCAAAUCAGUGCAGGGAUCAAUUCGAGAAGCACAAGAACAGAACCGUCGUUGGUUCAGAUGGGUUGAGGACGUGUCCUUUGCCGAGGCCAGUGCGACAAUCACCGGCGCGUCUACACUCAGCAUGGUAUCAUUCAUUAAACGCACACGAGACGAGCUGGGUCCAACGCCAUCUCUACACGAUGCCAGAUUGAUAUGGUCCAACGCGGAGGACUGUUAUCGGUUCCAGCACUUUGAAAGCCAAUGGAACUGUGCCGUCCAUUAUCAGAUCCUCGAAGCGGCUUUCCAGGCUUCUCCACAACUAGGAUUUUGCGGCGUCACGGGAGUACAAAUUCACCCCGAUUACACUCGAAGCGGCAGGGUGUCACACCACAACAAGAAGGUCGACUUCUGCAUCUUCCUCAAACAGGAUUCCCCAGAGCUCAAAGCCGCCGCGCUGCAAUCGUCUAUCAAGUCUCUCAACCAAACUGACUACCCUGCGCUCCUUACUCGACCCAUCUUCUUCUCUAUUGAGACUAAGACUCCGGGAGAUAAGUGGGCCGAGGCAGUGAACCAGAUCACGGCUUGGCUGGUUGCGCAAUGGGACGUCCUUGAUGACCAGGUCUUCCGGGCACAAGGCGCUGACGUUGUGGCCGCCGAUACUUCCGGCGCGGCCGGUCGCAAGCCCUCGGCCGCAGCUGCCUCCGGGCUCGUCUUCCUUCCCGGCAUCAUCGUUCAAGGCCACGAAUGGUAUUUUGUUGCGGUCACAAGAGCGGCGGACGGGCGGACGCAGCGUUGGGAAAAGACAUUGAUCGGCACUACGGAGAGGAUUGACGGGGUCUACAAAAUCACGGCCGUCUUGCAGCUUCUCGGAUGCUGGGCUCAAAACGAGUACUGGCCCUGGUUCCAACGUGCCGUUCUCCGCUAA